GCAGGUGAAGAAUCAUCAAUAGGCCCAGUUCCCUUAGGUAUGGAAAGUGGAGUUAUUACUGACUCGCAGAUUAGUGCAUCUUCCGUGUAUGAUAAUACACAUGGCCCACAGAAUGGUAGAUUACAUUUCAAGGGGGCCAAAGCCCCAUUGGCGUUUGUAUCUGCUGGCUGGGAAGCUGAUCUGCUAAACACCAACCAAUGGCUGCAAGUGGAUCUUCGGAAUACCGCAAGGGUAAAAGGCAUAGCGACGCAGGGGAGACAUGAUUACGAUCAGUGGGUUACUAAAUAUAAGCUACAAUAUGGCGAC